AUGGAUUCUAUAGUAGUGAAAACUGAGAUGCAGAGCAACGGAGAGAUACUUCUAUUUUAUGUUGAUGAAAAUGGUGGCAAUGAAGAAGGAGUACUUACUACAGUAGAGAAUAUUGAGAAUCAAGCUAUACAGCUUCAACAAGAUAACUCCUUCGUACUCCCUGAUAUGGUUGACAACUCCAAUGAGAAUGCUGACCAAUCAACAGCUGAUAACUGGACUGACGAUGAAAUAAACAGACUCCUCGUCUUCUACAAUGAUAACAAACAAACUUUCAUCAAUGGCACAACUAAGAAACAACAUCUCUGGACCGUUGCAUGCAAAACAAUGCUUUUAGGAAAAAAUCCUAACUCAUGUGAGGCCAAACUGCACAGCUUACAAACAAAGUACAAUGAAAUAUGUGAAAACAUACAAAAAGGACUGUACGAAGAGUGGCCGUACUUCCAACUAUGUCAUAAUAUAUUCCAAGAUGAAAGCCCUGUGAUUACCAUCGAAACUGUCAACUCAUCAGAACCACAAAUUAUUAAAGUUCCAGCUUUGAAACAAAACUUCGACAACGUUAUGAUGGUUAAGAAGAUAAAUAAACCUGCGGUUGAUGAGAAAGUUCAUACAAUGCUAACUUUGUAUUUGAAAUACAAAAAAAACUUUCAAGAAGAGUACUGGAGACGUGGUUUGUGGGAGACCAUUGCGAUGGAGAUGGGAGAAGAUGAUGGGGAAUACUGGCAGAAGAGAUUCUUGAAUUAUAAACAGCAUUACUUGAGGUUGCUUGACAAGAGACGAGACAGUGGCAACGAAGGUAUCAACUGGCCGUACAUGGAGUUAUUUGAUAAAAUAUUUGAAGGGGACCAAGAAUUUAAUCGAAAAUACUUGAAUGAAGAAUACAGAUUAAUUGAAAACCAAGCUAUAGCUGAUUCUGAAGAGAUAUCACCACCUGAAGAUUGGUUAGUUUGUGAAAUAACUGUUUUAGCAAAAUAUUAUUUUGAUUGUUAUGAUGAGUUUGAAGAUCGGACAAUACCUAAUGGAUUCCUGUGGAAUGAAAUAGGCCGGUUACUUGACAAACCAGCUGAUGAUUGCAAAGCAAAAUUUGAGGAGUUACGAGAGGCUCAUUUGCAGAAGUAUAUUGAUGGGGAUGUCGACGAUUUGCAUAGCAGAAAACCAGUUGAUAUAGUAUAUGACCAUAUCAUAUCAAAGGAUAUUCAGAAUGAAAUGGAACAGAAUAGACAGAUACCAGAAGAAUUAGAGAUAUGGAAGACAACGGAGUUGGAUGACUUAGUACAGUUCUUCUAUGACAACAUACAGUUGUAUAAAGACAAAAUAUGUCAUUUUGUGUGCUGGGCAGCUGUAGCGAAGAAGUUAAAGAAGACAUUACAGAGUUGUAAAAGCCAAUGGGAUGACUUGGUGCAGUUGUAUCAGACUAUUCUAAAUGAUAAGAAGGAAUAUCCUGAUAUGCAGAUCGAUUGGCGAUAUAUUGAAGUUUUUGAUAGAAUAUUCGAUUAUGGUAUGGAUACUAACUUGUUAGUUGGGUAUGACAAACCUAAGGAUGCCGGCGGUCCGAAAGCAGUUCAGGAGUCAGAAUUGGGGAAGGUUGGAGUAAAAAAAGUGAAUAUUAAAGAGGAAGCAGGUAUGGAUGACUUCAGUGAUGAUGACGAAUACUAUGAUGAGAAAGGAUUCACAAGGCGAACCAAAAGGCGUGCCGGAGAAUCCAAAGCAUUCAAAAUCCUCGAGUAUUACCAAAAGCACAAAGACAAAUUCUCCACUACUAAUAGAAAUAAACAUUCCUUGUGGGAAGUUCUGGCUAAGCGAAUAGGUAUAUCAGCUACCCAAUGCGCUCACAGAUUUAGGAACUUAAAACAAGUAUACACUGCUUACGUCCAAAGAGAAAUCAACAAACCAGAGAUGCCUAUCUUAUGGCCUUACUAUGCUCUUUGUAAGAAAGUCUUCGGCUACCGAGCCAUCAAAUCAAAGCUCAAGAACGGCAGAAUGGAUUCCGAUGACAGCGAAGACUGGUCAGCGAAGGAAAUCAAACAAUUGAUAAAUUACUUUGCUCAAAACUUCGAGGAAAUUGAUAAUUUUGUCGAUGACACAAGUAAGUGGUCUGAUUUGGCAACAGAUAUCGGUAAGACGGAGAAUGCUUGCAAGGAGAAGUUUAUUGAAUUGAGGAAGUCUUAUAGGAAGUUGAAGACUAUGAGGAGUAGGAAUCCUGAUGUGAAGAUUUCUUGGAAGUAUUUCAAUAUGUUUGAAGAUAUCUAUAAUGCUAAGCAGAAUGGAAAUGAUGAGGCUAUGGAAGUUGAGGAGUUGGACUUGAAUAUGGUUUCUGAUGAGAAAGAAGAAGAUGACUACCAGUGCAUCAUAGUGAUACCUGAAGGUCAAGAUAUAUCGCAAAUAGAAAACGCCCAAAUUAUAAUACAAGACCCAGCAACUUUAGAAACUAUCCCAGAAGAACCAGCACCACCAAAGGAGGUCAAACCACUCCCAAAAUGGACGAAACGGACCAAAAAGCGGCUGAUUAUCUUCUACAUUAACUACAUAAGGGCGCAUAAAGGGAAGGAGAUCAAACCACAAGAGAUGUGGAAGGAGAUUGCGUCGAAAUUACCAAACAAAACUGUGCAGUCUUGCAGAAAAAUGUUCGCAAAACUAAAGGCUAAUCACAAACAAUUAGAUAAGUCAGAUCCCAACGUGAAAAAUAACCCUUAUUUCACUUUAAUGGAAAAGGUAAUGCGUUUGAAACCGAAAUUUGAGAAAGGGGACCAAACUAAGAGCUUAAAAGAUGGGAAGGUCUAUAAGGAUGUCACUUUACCUGAUGAUAAAGUAGUACAAGCGUUACAGUACUAUUUGGAGAACAUAGAGGACUUUGUCAGCCCUAGAUACGAGAAGAAAUACCUAUGGACAGAACUAGCUAACUACGUAUGCGAACCCAUUACUAAAGUCUUUAACAAAUUAAACUAUUUGAAACAACAAUAUAAUAGUGAUACCAAUGAGGUUGCUGGUCAAAAAACACCAUUUGGGGAGCUUCUAAAAGAAAUUCAAGCUAGAGAAAUUGCUGUUAAACUCGUGGUAGAAAAUAAUCCUAAACCGAUUAUCGAACUACCGGAUGAUGAGGAAACAUGGUCUGAUGAUGAGACGGAACAGCUUCUGGAAUGGUACUUAAGCAAUUUGGAGAAGUUUAAGAACCCUAAAUACGUUAGGAGCUAUCUUUGGCUUGAAGUUUCCGAGUUGUUGAAGAAAAGCGCUAUAGUUUGUUCGAAGAAAAUGUCAGAUGUCCGCACUGAGUAUAGAAAUAUGGUGAGAGAGAAACCUGAGGAGUUGAAUGGAUGGAGGUUCCUAGACCUUUGCCAGAAGAUCUAUGGCACGGGAAAGAAAGGAGCAACUAAUACUAGUAAUUAA